AUGGCUCGAUCCACUUUGUUAUUUUUGUUGACCGUAAUCGCUCGGGCGUCUUUGCCCACCGAAGCCCAGGUCACAAAUUGCACUGCUGGAUGCAAGUGCAAGGAGAUUGUAGGCGAAGGAAGACUGAUCUCAGCGAACUGCACAAUAAGUAACCUCACAGAGCUGUCAGUAUUCACUCCACCUUCGCAAGUAAAGACACUGUGAGUAGACCAGCGCACCUAUGUCACAAAAAGAAAUAUUUGAUGGAAUCCACCAGGAAAUUAAUUUUCAGUGGACAAAAACCUUGUACCAGAAUAAUUUAAAGCAUAUUGCUUUCAAAUUUACAUUUUUAAAGGGCUAAAGAUGUAAUUAGUUAACACGAAAGAAAAUUUCUUAUGGGAAUCCGAGAAAAUGAAUGUCAAUUUUCACAAAAUGACAUCUUUUACUUGAAUUUUUCAAAAUUUACCUGUGUUUUCACAAUUCUCGUGAAAUUUGACAUUCAUUUUCUCGGACUCCCAUAAGAAAUUUUCUCUGGUGUUAUUACAGAUGACUAAUUAAAUCUUUAGCCCCUCAAAAAUGUAAAACUGGGAAUGCAAUAUUCUUUAAAUUAUUCUGGUACAAGGUUUUUCUCCACUGAGAAUUAAAAUUACUCAAUUUCCUGGUGGAUUCCGUUUUAAAUGUUCUCUGAUCUGAUUUUAAGCUCAAUUGUAGUCUUUAAAAAAAACCACCUCCUACGUAUAUCUUCUACGUAUUCCAACGUCAACAUUUGAGAUAUGAACGGAUAUUUUGUUGUUGGUAGUUUGUUUGUUUGUUUGUUUGUUUUCGUAGACGUUCAAGAACACACAGAAAAGCAAAAGGCAGCUUUCGGUGUAUCGUAGCUUCCGAACAUUUCGUACGGCUUUCUUGUCGGCAAAUUUUACUCUAGAAAUUAAAAAAAGCCGUGGUCAAAGUAGAGGAAACAUCAUCUUCUAAUUAACAAAUUAAAUUUUUUUUACACAAAAUUUUAUUUGGGCUAACCAAAUAUUCAAUAAGAAUAGUUUUAGGGUGAUGUUACACGGAACGAUUCGCAACGACCAUUUUUAGCGGAACACAGGGUUCAAAUGUUGGAACAAUAUUGCAGCCCUUCGAAACAAUGUUGUUAAACGCUGUAUGUGUUGCGCUAAAAAUCGUCGUUGCCAAUCGUCCCAUGUAACAUCACCUUUAGCAUGGCCGCAUUGACAGAUGCUUUAUUGGAGCUGACAGAUGAGAUGUCCUCAUUCACAGACUACAAAAUGACAUGAAUAGCUCAACCAGGCAAUUACUAUUUUUUUUUAAAUUAAAUUUUUAACCGGUUUAUUUUUCUUGUUAUUCAGGGUAAUCGCGUUAUCUAGUGAAAUGGAAAUUCUUCCCGAAGGAUCGUUUGUGAAGUUCACUAUUCUUGUGAACUUGUAAGUAUUGUUAUUAAGUGUUAUUUAGAGAUCUACGGUAGCCUUAGACUUCCAUCUUUCACUUAGGGUAGCUAGAUUUUUUUGUAAUCUGCGGCAGAGGAUGAGAGGGAGAGCGACCAUCAUCUUUCGAUAGGUGUACAAAGACUGUUUACGGGCAUAAAGGGAAACGCGUGACCUUAGAAUGUACACAAACCCAGCAGUGACACGAUUGAUCUCCUUUAUAAAUCUGGAAAAUUUGGAAAGAGGAAAUUAACUUUUAUCCAUUUGUUUUUUUAGCGGAGGAAGCUUGAGCAACCACAAUGGCGACAGGGACGAUAGAAAGCAACAACAGAAAAACCGGUGAAAUGAGGAAGUUUCACGUCGUACUCGUGCAACGACAAAGAAAUGCACAAAAAAGUGUGAUGCUCGAGCAAAGUUGUUGUUUUGCCAGUUAAACCUAUUGCCUUUUUUGCCGUUCUCGUUAUCAUCGCCGUCGUCGUUGCUCAAGCUCUCCUUUAACUAAUAUCUUCGACAUUAUUUCAGGUGCACACCUGUACGGAUAGCUAUGCCUCUGUCAUUUCGUUUCUGAGAAUAAGAGAACAGCGAUAGCUAGCCUGCUUUGCAGGCGUAUUUUUUGGGGGCUGGAGAAACCUGCUUCUUUGUUUACGCAUGCCAAAACGUUCGCGCACCCGCUUCCAAAGAAAAUGCCUGCAUUCUGUGUUAAGCAGCAGCUCAUCCACCACGUGCUCUGCUAACGAACAAUUUUGCACGCCUCGCGCGGAAACAGACUCGCUUGAGAAUUUACAGAGGUGGCUCAGUUUGUUCCAUAUUUGGACAUUUCGCUCGGGUGGGCGAAACGGGUUGGGCUUAUUACUGGGAAAAAUAAACUGUAUUGUCAUAUUUCUUUGUUCUGAAAUUGUAGGAGUAUUCCUAACAACAAUAUUAGAGUGAUCAAAGAUGGUGCGUUCUCGGGUCUCAAUCUUUUACAGUACCUGUAAGUACAUUUACCAUUUUAAUCAAAAACACAAAUAAGGUGUUUUAUUCGGUGAUUUAUUACAUUUCCUUGUUCUUGAGAGAAUGACUAACGAAUAUAAGCUAGUUAGCGAUAGCUUAAGUUGUAAUCUAAGGUUAGGGCCUAUUUACAAGGAAAGAGGGUAACCCUUUUGAUAGGGUUACCCUAGCAAGCAGAUUAAAGUUAGCUCUUGUUUACAAGCAAAUUUCACAGGUAGGGUUACCCUAUCACCCGGGUGAACUUUACAAGCUUCGUGUCAUUCUUUGUAACGGUUCAAAAUUUGAAAUAAUAUUGAAGUUUUCUACGGAAAACACGUUAAAAUCCUCGAAAAAAGGGGGAAAAUAAUAUUAUCAUCGUAGACAGAACAUAACUUUUUAUUUUUUAGAUGUUUAUAAUUAAUAUCAGAAAUUGGAUAAUACUGUUCAAAUUGGCACGAUUUAAUACUGCUCACGCAUGACCGCGGAAAGUUGACCGGGGUAGGGGAGUUAUCCCUAUCUGAGCGUUUACAAGGCAGGUAGCGUAACCCUAGCACUCAGGUAGGGUUACCCUAGCGCCAGAGUAACCCUACCUGCCUUGUAAACACGUCGUGUGAAAAAAGAAGAAAUAUGCGAGUGCUUGGGUUACUCGCUUGCUAGGGUUGCUUCAUACCAACAACAACAGAAACAAUCAAUAUUUACGGUAUCUCUACGUUAGAAUGCUCUUCGAGUGAGGUGUUUACAUAACAAACUUUAAGAGAAACUACACUAACGCUAGCUAAAAUAUAUAUACAUGUAUAUACCCAAAGAGGCUAUAUAAAGCCACCCCAUGCAAGUCGCACCACACAUUGAGUUCUAUUGCACGGAUGGUUUGUAAUCAUUUCGUUCUCUUCUCCGCAGAGACCUUUCUGCAAAUCAACUCACGAAGUGGGAAGGAAAUUUUUCGAGUGGCUCGGAGCUUUCGUCUUUGACGUAUCUGGAUAUAUCAAGCAAUCCAACCACAUUUAAACUACCGACCGCUAUACUAAAACUGCCUAGCCUCAAGGAGAUUCACGGUGCGUUCUUGAACCAACCGUGCUCGGUUUGCACGCUUAUCAGGAAUUGCAGCUGGCAAAAAGAGGAAACGAGUUCGAACAUGGACAAAUUUAACAUCACUACAUCAGACCUGAGAAACGAAACAUUUAGGAAGGGCAAAGAGGAAAAUUGUCAGGUCAACGAAAUUGAAAUAUUAAGUAAGGAGGUGGUUAAAUACGCGCAGUAUGGUUUUUUUCCAACGUGUUUGGAAACGAAGAAAGAAUGUUACGACAGUGUUAUUCGCGUGACACCCAUUCACAGGUGCUGGGACAAUAGUAAUAAAUAUUUGAAUGCGGUUUUCUUAAUUGCGCCGAUUGCUUUCCUUCUAAACUUAACGGUGGUUUUAAUCACGUUAACUACUCGAGCAUUACGGAGAAAUGUCACCAUGUUUUUGACCUGCAAUAUGGCUUUUAGUGACUCCAUUCUCAGUCUAUAUGCGAUCAUAUUGAUCUCAACGAGACAAAAGUCGUAUGUGGACUUCUUGAUGAUCCAGCAUGGCAUGUGUAAUAUAAUCGGAUUCAUGUGGCUUACCUGCCAAAUAGUCAGCAUCAAGACCUCCUUAGUCCUGACCGUAGAACGCUUUUUAGCCGUGGUAUAUUGCAUGGAGCCCACGAUUCGUAUAACUCGCAAACUAGCGGUGGCCCUUGCAGUGCUAAUAUGGAUUUUGGGCGUGGCUGUUGCCAUCUUACCAUUACUGAAAAUAUCUGUGUACUAUAGCAACACAUACUGCAUUCCAAUUCGUCCAGUUAAAGACAUACCGCACUCCUAUGAGCUGAGUAUAGGGCUGGCGCUAUGGGGAAUGCUUAUAUACUGCACAACAAUACCCUUCUACCUGAAAAUCUUCCUCGCUGUGAAGAAAACUAGCAGGAGAGCCGGUGUAAAAAGAGAUGGUACUCUGGCUAAAAGAAUAUGCAUUUUGGUGUUAAGCAAUAUGUUAUUUUUCUUCUUUCCAAUUGUGAUUGUAUUUCUCUGGCUUACGACUGACCUCAAGGAGACAAUGUCGCCAAAGAAUCGAGAAAUUCUUACGGGAGUUAUUCCAUCACUACUCUUCAGCCUCAACUCCCUCAUAAAUCCGUUGCUUUACGCUUUCAGGUCGGAAAAGUUCCAAAAAGCGAUCAAAAUCAGGAUAUACACAAUUUGCUUGAGGAAGCCUAGGAGUUCUUCUUUGACAAUGUCUUUAUCUCAUCUAGCGACUGUAAGAACUACAAGAAAUCGCAAUUCCCGUUUACCAUCGUCUGCAGAUACGUUAAACUCUGCUUAUACCAUAGCCCGAAGGACACCUCCCACGCCGAAAAGGGAGUCAUUAAACGGGGAUGCAAUGGCCUUGACAAAAGUCUAA